AUGGGUGACCACAUUUCAUUGGACGAGCAUCAUUUUCCAACUACUUCCCGGCCUUCGGAAAACGAAUCCGCACCAGCCCCGAAACGGCGGAAACUCCGCAAGGGGACCCAGUCAUGUUGGGAGUGCAAGCGGCGGAAAGCAAAGUGCAUCUACUCUGAUCACCUUGGCGUCUGUGAAUCUUGCAAGAGACGUGGAACAGACUGCGUUAGCCAGGAUGUGCAAGAAGCCCCGCCUCCGCUGGGGAGUAACAAGCAUGUCGUUGAUCGUCUUGGAGAAGUCGAGGCCUUGGUGCAGCAUUUGAUCAAGGCUUCACAAACUGAGACACAUUCACAAGAGAGGCUUGUAUCUCCUGAGAGCUUGGGGUCAAGAAGGCGAAGCCACGAUGGCGACCAUUAUUCCAAUUCACCUACCGUAGCUCACACAGAUAUCGAUCCUGGCAGCGAAGACUUACCUACAAAUAUCAUUCCAAGUACUACACUAGAGCUAGAAGGAUCACCGUCACUUCCAUCAGAGGAUGAAUUUGGUGAUCUAUACAAUGAGCUUAUGGCUGCCUGGCCUAACCCAAACGAUAUGAAAGUCAUCCUAAGCCUUCCAGUUGAGCCCUCACAAAUCAUUCGCGCGCUCACUUGCGCACCGCCGAAGGAUCGAAAUUCCGGUCUUCCGUCUCCUACCAACCUUCUUCGAUUACCACCACGCGGAUCACAUCCUGUCCUCGUGGCGCGAAAGAUGCUUGUCCUAGCCACGUAUCUCCAAGGAGUGCCGAUAGCAUCAGAAAGAUAUCUUGACAAGCUCAGCCUAAACUACGAGACGAUAAUGGCUCGAUUGGCCAAAGUCGCGCAUGACAAGGUCACGUGUAACGAUGAUCUUGUCUCCUCCCUCGAAGGCAUAGAGUGCAUAAUGCUCCAAGGCCUGUACGCAAACUACAAAGGAGAUCUCCGGCGUUCUUGGCUUGCGGCUCGCCGGGCGGUCAUGAUCGCUCAAAUGAUGGGUCUCGACAAAGGAGUAGUUCCAUUUUCCUUCCGGGAUGUUGCCGUCGAUGUCAAUGAUUUAUGGUUCCGUCUCAUCAACUUUGACAGAUAUCUAUGUCUGAUGCUUGGUCUUCCCCAAAGUUCACCUGAUGAGCCACUUCCUCAUGUGGAAGAACUCGAAUCAUAUCCGUCCAACCGGAAGUUGCAGAAUCUUUGUUCGAUUGCCUGUGGGAAGCUUUUGAACCGGAAACCAUCAGAGAUCUACGAUCAGAACAUCACUGAAGAGGUUGACAAAAUUCUUCGAGAUGCUUGCACUUCAAUGCCGGCGCAAUGGUGGGUCAUGCCUACUCUUGCGUCGCACUUGGAAUUACCUGACAGAAUCCGCGAAACCUUGAGAUUUAACGAUCAUUUUAUGCAGUAUCAUCUUUUACUCCAAUUACAUAUGCCAUAUUUAUUGAAAGAAGGUGGUAAAGAGAAUUGCGGUUAUCACAAGCUCACUGCAAUAACAGCAAGUCGAGAGAUCUUGACGCGUUUUGUCUCGGUCCGAUCGAUGCCUCAAACAAAGACGCAUUGUCGUGGAACCGACCUCAUCGCUUUCAUGGCAUCUACGGCAUUGACGCUUGGCCAUAUCCUUUGCGAUCAUCGUCAUAAAAGAAUCGAAGAUAAUGGAUACCAUUUCAUUGUCCAGCAGCGAUUGAGUGAUCGAGGUCUGCUGGAACAGGUGCUUUCUAUAGCAGAAAACAAUAUGCAAAGUCCUGAUGACGAUAUUUCCAAACGGCUAGCGACACUUCUUCACUAUCUUCUUGCUAUGGAGGAUAACGUAACUGCUGGUGUGCGGUACAGUGUAUCGUUCGCGGAAGAUGCCAUGAAAGAUGGGAGCUUAGGCCAUCAUGUUAAAGCCAAUAACGAUGGAACCGAGCUAGAGAUCCAUCUUCCUAACUACCCGCUGAUCAAGAUAUUGCGUCGGGAUCCAGAAGGAAAGGAAGCUUUGCCGACUGUGAUGGAAUUGCCUUGGGGCAAUAUACCGGUUGAUAAUAGAGGAGGCGGAAGAGCGAAUGUUGGGAUAGCAGGUUCCUAUUCGGGCGUUGGCAUUACUGAACCAUUGUCGUCGACGGAAGCUGAGAGUUCUAGAGGAGACCCAGCCAUAGAUGCAGAACUCCCGCAAAUUAUGCCAGGAGGUUCAGUUCCAGAUACAUGGACGUUGGAAGGGAUUGACAUGAGCUUUUUGGAUGCUUUCACGGAUGGGCCAGCUAUUAUUUGA